AUGGAUUCCGACCCGUUUGGUUCUGCCGACAGUUUCCAUUACCUGACGGUUACUUGUACUCUGUUUUGCUGAUGUUGAUAAGGAGACCUACAAUGUCCGGUGAUUUCACGGUGUGGGACAGUUACACCUGAGCUUUUACAAUGGAAAAAUCUAGACGGCGUAUGUCGUCGGCAAAGUCGAGGUCAUUUACACACUUUGCUGAGAGCCUGGUUGAUCUUUUAAGACGGGUCAAUAGGCCAAUAUUAGCAUUGUUAAUGGUGGCCUGGCACGCAACAUAGUCUAAGACGAUAACAAAGAGAAAUGGGGUGAGGAUGUCCACUUGACGAACACCGGUGGUUACUUCAAAGCCUUCGGACAAAUGGCCAUCAACUAACACGGAACCUUUGGAAUCGUCAUAAAGGACUCUGAUUGCACUGAAAAUCUUGGUGGUAAUGAUAUAGUCUUUAAAGGUGGCCACUAAUGGUAAUUGUUUUGCCUGAAAGCCUUGUAAAGUACGCGUUAGGGUAUGCAUCUGUUGUGUGCAGCCGCGCCCACGUCUGAAACCGGCUUAAUUGGGCCUUAGGAUUAGACCUAUAGAGGGUUAAAUUCUAUCUAGUAGGAUCUUAUCGUAGACCUUAGCGUAGAUGAACAGCAAGGUUAUCGUUCGAUAAUCGUAUUCGGGCUCUAUACUAUUUUAGGCUCUAUAGUUCCUAAGCGAGUUAGUCCACUUGCCAUUGACCAGGAAAUGGUCAAGUUACGCGCGAGAGCCCAAUGGGUGGGUCCAGGUCGACUGCCUAGUCCUUGGGCGGGAAAAUCUGGAUUGCGCGUGUCGAAGGUUAGUUGCAAGGUUAAAGCUGAAACGUCCCUCUCCGUUGUUGUUGGUGGUGGUGUCGUGUAGUAGGCGGGGACCCACUGUUCUUGAAGCUUCUUUGUGACUGUCUUAGGCGAGUUUUGUGUUGAACUGUCUGUCAACAAGAUGAAUCUCGUGACACUUGAUGUUGUCGGAUGUAUGGGUGUUGAGCAGGUUGUAGAAUUUUUUCCUUUUCGUCCAUGUCGGCCGUCUCUGUUGAAGCAUAGUGUAAUAAGUCUUGGGUUGUCAUUGAAAGCUGGUGCGAUUUGCCUGACUGGUAUAUAUAAGUCCUCGGAUUGCAGUCUGAUAUGAUAAUUGGAUUCCAAUGGGAGAUUCGGUCUCUGUGAGCCGCAGCGUACCUCUCGGUUUCCCAUUGCUGCUUCAUGUAGUCAGAGGAAUGACAAUGAUCACUUCCCUUGGCCGAGUUACUGGGAUUUCUUAAAGAUUUCGGAAACGUAAAGUUGCAGACUGCUUUGCCCCCUGUCUGCGGCAAUACUUGGAUGAUUGGUCCUAAGCAUGCUGUUUGGGGGGUGGAGUAUUAUGCAAACCAUAGUUGGUGUAUGGUGUCCCUUGCAUGUUGGCCGUUGGUUCCUGUACGAGCUCAUCCGCCUUUUAACAGGUCUUGUUUUUAGUCCUGCAGGGUGGGAUACCAUCGUCCUGAUAAGCGAACGCUGUUGAGGGAGCCGGUUUAGACGCCGACUACCCUUCCAUGCGGCAGGUGGUAAUAGGUUACAAUGUUACCAGUAGCAGGGUUACCCUGACCUGACCAUGGGUCUUGACUAGGUGAUCAGGAACAGUCAACAAUAGUUCUUUGGUUGAGUAAUAAGCCACUUCGUGUAGUAAAGUGUAUGAAAACCAAAGAUAAAAUAUACUUGUCUAAUAAUCCUAUUUCAGGGACACCCGACGACUGUUUUCUGUAAAAUAUCUGUUCGGAGAAGCAAAUAUUGCUUAGAAUUUUCUAUUUCUUGAGGACAACUAAAAAUUUCUAGAUGACCGUUCCAUUCAGGCACAAUUUUCGAAGCUUAUAUAAUAAAUUCCCUACGAUUUUCUGAAGUUUAAUUUUUCACAUUUCACACCCCAGGCUAGACUAUUUUUCGUAGGAAAACGAAGCCUAAAAUUUUCGGAUUAAAAAAUGUGAUGGAGAGAGGAAUCAAAAAAAUUUUCACUUUCGUAAUGCGCUAAAUUGCAUCAAAAAUUUUCGGGAAAAUAAUACUGAAGCCCUUGCAAUUUCGAAAAAGCUUAAGUUCCCCUAGGAUGACCGAACAGAUGCAAAUCUUUUAGCGCCGCUAAGAUUUCAUUUGUUAAGGUCUAAAAGUACUCUGGAUAGCCUAAAAACUGUUUUCAAUGUAUUUAGGAGGAAAUCGUCGCUAUUUGAAUUUUGGUGAAUCUCGUAAUACAGCUUCUUUGAUUUUGCUUAGACAAUUGAAGCUGGAGGUUUUCCUUAUCUUAUCAUGGCUUAUAAGAAGAAGAUCAAGGAGGGUUGAAUGCACCAUUGGAUGCAGGUAAGGGUUUAAUUCACGUAAUAUAUCACGAAAUGCAAACUGAACUAAGAAGCGGAGAAUUGACGCCUUAGUAUAGGAGAAAGGGAUCAAAACUACAGAACAUAAAAGCUCUUUGGCACUUCGAAGGUUCGAGGUAUUCUUCCGCUUCUUUGUAUGAAAGGAAAAAACGCUCAAAGGAAGUCUUGGUAUUGCUGUUCGGUUUUAACAGAAAAGAUCAAGGGAAAAAAAGAGUUUGAAAUAUCAGCCUCCACAUCGCCAGAGCUUGUUUCUUGUUUUAAGCUAAAAGACAAGCACUUCAAGUCAUUUGCACUGCGUCAGAUUGAAUCAAAGCAACCAAUGAAAAAUCUUGAAAUAUUUUUAGCAAAAUUUUAGUGUGGUGUAACUUGACCAUAAACAAUGAGAUGCAACCGUUUCAUUUCCAGAGAAGGUCGGAGUCAAUCCUAUUAAAUUUCACUUUGCAAAAUGCUGAAAAACAAUUAGAACUAAGUAAAAAUACUGAUGAAGAGGUUUCAUGCUAGUUUAAUUUGAAUGGUCAUGAAUGGUAAUGAUUGAGAUAAAAUACUUAGAGAAGGUCGGAGUCAAGCCUUUUAGAUUUCACUUUGUAAAAUGCUGAAAAACAUCUGGUACAAUGUGAAAAUUCUCUCCUGAAGAGGUUUUAUGAAUUUGAACAGUCACGCACAGGAUGGCAUCCCAUGAACUCAAACGUUAGAACCACGGUACAAUGUUUUUGGGUGAUGUAUCAGACGCGUAACACAAGGUUGAAAAUAUGUGGCGCGUAUAAAGUUCUCUCUUCUUCAGUCUUCUUCUCUCUUUUAAAGUUUACCAAGAGUAAUUACAUAUUAAAGGAGAGGCCUGGACACGAAAAAAAACCUCCCUCAAUAGGGGCUACAACGCCAUAAAUUUGGAGCUAGAUAUUAAAACAAAAAACAAAUCCGGUAGCAAUUUUAGUCAUAAUUUUCAGGAAAAAAAUACAUCAAUAUUGACCAAAAAGAUGUAAUUUAAAUUAGCUAAAGGCAAAAUCUGACAUUAAUUAAGUCUUGAAGAAAUUUAUCAGGCUAGUGAAGUUAAUAUCUAUUUAAAUGUUCUCAAAACAUAGCCAAAGUCUUAAGGUCUUAAUGAUGCUGACAGUUUCGAUGACUGUCAGCCAUCUUUAUCGAAACUUGGAAAUCGCCAAAGGUGUCAGAAGCCUUAAAUAGGCUUCUGAAGGUGUUAAUUAUUGCGAUAAACGCGCAAAGUCACUCUGUAGACGCCUCACCAAGUUAAAAAAGGAUAGCAAGAUAACGGAACAAAUACUUGUACCCUACAUCUGAGGCCACACCCAGAUUGUACUGCAUACCAAAAAUCCACAAGGCUAACAACCCUCUGAGACCUAUUGCGGAUUACACAGGAUCAAUUGGUUACAAUACAUCUAGAGCCCUAACUUAACUCCUGGGAUCUCUGGUCGGUACUACGGAACGUCAUGUUAAAAAUUCCAAAGAGUUUGCUUAAGAAUUAUCCUCAGUCACAUUAGAACAAGAAGACAUCUUCAACUCCCACGAUGUUGUGUCACUAUUCACCAAGACCCCUAUCCAGGAGACAUUAACCAUCAUAAGAGAACGCUUAGAGAAAGGUCAAGAUCUAAAGAAAAGAACAAACAUAGAGGUUGAUGAUAUAAUGGAUCUCACAUAA